CGUCUGUGGCCGCCGUUUGCCGGUGGAAGGCGCGUCCCCGCGGGUCUGACAGCGAAACUCUUGAGUCCCGAGACGUGUGGAAGUGAAAGUAAAAGCGCCCGGCUGUUCGCCAGGCCGGGCUGAGGAUGGGUUUGCCUGGGUAACACGAUGCCAGCUGAGCGCAAAAAGCCACCAAAUAUGGAAGAAAAGGAAUCUCAGCUAAAUAAUAAAGAAUUUAGUGAAAGGAGACCAGUGAGCACCAGGGAUAAGCCAAAAGAAGAUGUCAAGGUUGGCAUGAAGAGAGAGACUUUAAAGGUUCCUGAAGAUAAAAAGAAGAAAAUGGAAGAGGAUAAAAGAAAGAAGGAAGACAAGGAGCGGAAGAAAAAAGAAGAGGAUAAAGUAAAGGCAGAAGAGGAACAAAAGAAGAAAGAGGAAGAAGAAAAAAAGAAACUUGAAGAAGAGGAGAAAAAGAAACAAGAGGAGGAAGAGAAGAAGAAACAAGAAGAAGCAGCUGCUCAACUAAAGGAAAAAGAGGAAGCACAUCAGCUCCAUCAGGAGGCUUGGGAGCGCCACCAGGCAAGGAAAGAGCUCCGCAGCAAGAACCAGAACGCCCCGGACAACCGUCCCGAGGAGAACUUCUUCAGCAGGCUGGACUCCAGCCUGAAGAAGAACACAGCUUUUGUUAAGAAGCUAAAAACCAUCACAGAGCAACAAAGGGACUCCUUGUCCCAUGACUUUAAUAGCCUGAAUUUAAGCAAAUACAUUGCAGAAGCAGUGGCUUCUAUUGUGGAGGCCAAGCUGAAAAUCUCGGAUGUGAACUGCGCCGUGCACUUGUGCUCCCUCUUCCACCAGCGAUACGCUGAUUUUGCUCCUUCCUUACUUCAGGCUUGGAAAAAACAUUUUGAGGCGAGGAAAGAAGAGAAGACUCCCAACAUCACCAAGUUAAGAACUGACCUGCGUUUCAUUGCAGAAUUGACAAUAGUUGGGAUUUUCACUGACAAGGAAGGUCUGUCUCUAAUCUAUGAGCAGCUUAAAAACAUUAUUAAUGCCGACCGGGAAUCCCACACCCACGUGUCUGUGGUUAUCAGCUUCUGCCGGCACUGUGGAGAUGACAUUGCUGGUUUGGUACCCAGGAAAGUAAAAACUGUGGCAGAGAAGUUUAACUUGAGCUUUCCUCCUAGUGAGAUAAUUAGCCCAGAGAAACAACAGCCCUUCCAGAAUUUGUUGAAGGAGUACUUUACGUCUUUGACCAAACACCUGAAAAGGGACCACAGGGAGCUACAAAAUAUUGAAAGACAAAACAGGCGCAUCCUCCACUCCAAGGGGGAGCUGAGUGAGGAUCGACACAAGCAAUAUGAGGAAUUUGCAAUGUCAUAUCAGAAGCUGUUGGCAAAUUCUCAGUCUCUGGCUGAUCUUCUGGAUGAAAACAUGCCUGACCUUCCCCAGGAGAAACCAACACCCGAGGAACAUGGGCCUGGUAUUGAUAUUUUCACACCAGGAAAGCCUGGAGAAUAUGACCUGGAGGGGGGUAUCUGGGAAGAUGAAGAUGCCAGAAACUUCUAUGAGAAUCUCAUUGACUUGAAGGCUUUUGUGCCAGCAAUUUUGUUCAAAGAUAAUGAAAAAUAUUCCCAGAACAAGGAUUCCAGCAAAGAUGAAUCAAGAGAUUCAAAAGAUGCCAAAGAUAAUAAAGAAGCACCUGGGAGUGAAGAUCUGGAGUUGGAGCUGGAGAAUCUGGAUAUUAAUGAUGAUCCACUGGAGUUGGACUGUGGAGAUGAGGCAGAAGAUCUUACAAAGAAGCUUCUUGAUGAGCAAGAACAAGAGGAUGAGGAAGCCAGUACUGGAUCUCAUUUAAAACUGAUAGUAGAUGCUUUUCUUCAGCAGCUUCCAAAUUGUGUCAACAGAGACCUCAUAGACAAGGCAGCAAUGGAUUUUUGCAUGAAUAUGAACACAAAAGCCAACAGAAGAAAACUUGUACGAGCACUUUUCAUAGUUCCUAGACAAAGGUUGGAUUUGCUACCAUUUUAUGCAAGACUGGUUGCCACGUUGCAUCCCUGUAUGUCUGAUGUAGCAGAGGAUCUCUGUUCCAUGCUGAAAGGGGAUUUCAGAUUCCAUGUAAGAAAGAAGGACCAGAUCAACAUUGAAACAAAGAACAAAACUGUGAGGUUUAUUGGUGAGCUUACCAAGUUUAAGAUGUUCUCCAAAAAUGAUACCCUCCACUGUUUGAAGAUGCUUCUGUCAGACUUCUCACAUCACCAUAUUGAGAUGGCAUGUACCCUGCUGGAAACCUGUGGAAGAUUCCUCUUUAGAUCACCAGAGUCUCACUUAAGAACCAGUGUUCUUUUGGAACAAAUGAUGAGGAAAAAACAAGCAAUGCAUCUUGAUGCACGCUAUGUCACAAUGGUAGAAAAUGCCUAUUACUACUGUAAUCCCCCUCCAGCUGAAAAAACUGUGAAGAAAAAGCGUCCUCCUUUGCAGGAAUAUAUCCGUAAACUUCUUUACAAGGAUCUCUCCAAGGUCACCACAGAGAAGGUCCUGAGGCAGAUGCGCAAGCUCCCUUGGCAGGAUGCAGAAGUAAAAGACUAUGUUAUAUGCUGUAUGAUCAACAUCUGGAAUGUGAAAUAUAAUAGUAUUCACUGUGUAGCCAACCUCUUAGCAGGGUUGGUCCUUUACCAGGAAGAUGUCGGAAUUCAUGUUGUGGAUGGAGUGCUGGAGGAUAUUCGACUAGGAAUGGAGGUUAAUCAACCAAAGUUUAACCAGCGGCGGAUCAGCAGUGCCAAGUUCUUGGGGGAGCUCUACAAUUACCGGAUGGUGGAGUCUGCCGUGAUAUUUAGAACUCUGUAUUCCUUCACCUCCUUUGGGGUGAACCCUGAUGGCAGCCCCAGUCCACUGGACCCUCCAGAGCAUCUCUUCAGAAUCAGGCUGGUCUGUACCAUCCUCGAUACCUGUGGGCAGUACUUUGACAGAGGAUCCAGCAAACGGAAACUCGAUUGCUUCCUUGUGUACUUCCAGCGGUAUGUGUGGUGGAAAAAAAGUCUGGAUGUUUGGACAAAAGACCACCCUUUCCCUAUAGACAUAGACUAUAUGAUCAGUGAUACACUGGAACUGCUGAGACCAAAGAUAAAGCUCUGCAAUUCUCUGGAAGAAGCUGUGAGACAGGUGCAAGACUUGGAACGAGAGUUCUUAAUAAAACUAGGAAUUGUGAAUGACAAAGAUUCCAAAGAAUCCAUUACGGAAGGAGAGAAUCUGGAAGAGGAUGAAGAGGAGGAAGAAGGUGGAGCAGAGACAGAGGAACAAUCUGGAAAUGAAAGUGAAGUAAAUGAGCCAGAAGAAGAGGAGGGCUCUGACAAUGAGGAAGAAGAAGGUGAGGAAGAAGAGGAAGAAAACACAGAUUAUCUUACAGACUCCAAUAAGGAAAAUGAAACAGAUGAGGAGAAUACCGAAGUAAUGAUUAAAGGAGGAGGACUGAAGCAUGUCCCUUGUGCAGAGGAUGAGGACUUCAUUCAGGCAUUGGAUAAAAUGAUGCUGGAAAACCUUCAGCAACGGAGUGGGGAGUCUGUUAAAGUCCAUCAGCUGGAUGUUGCUAUUCCUCUCCAUCUCAAAAGUCAACUCAAGAAGGGUCCCCCACUUGGAGGUGGGGAAGGAGAGUCAGAGUCUGGAGACACGAUGCCAUUUGUCAUGUUAACACGGAAAGGCAACAAACAGCAGUUUAAGAUCCUAAAUGUACCGAUGUCUUCCCAACUCGCGGCAAACCACUGGAACCAGCAGCAGGCGGAACAGGAGGAGAGGAUGAGGAUGAAAAAGCUCACUUUGGAUAUCAAUGAACGGCAGGAACAAGAGGACUACCAGGAAAUGCUGCAGUCUCUGGCACAGCGUCCGGCUCCAGCAAAUACUAAUCGGGAGCGGCGGCCUCGUUACCAGCAUCCGAAGGGAGCACCUAAUGCUGAUCUAAUCUUUAAAACCGGUGGGAGGUAG